AUGGCGAUUACACCCUCUCCGUUCCUUGACCCAGGAACUUGCGCGACAGCGAACAAUCUCGGUGUCCUGCAAUUGCGCCGCGAUCAUCUCAUUCCUGCUGUCUUGACACCUGAAGCCGAUUCAGACUACCCUGAAGGCAAAGUUGAGAAUACGCGAUUCGGCUCUUUCCCCCACAGUACACUUGUUGGCCAGCCUUGGGGUACACAAAUCCUUGCGUCAAAGGUUGAUACUGGGUCGCGCGGAAAAAACAAGAAGCGCAAGAGAGACAAUAAGGAUGAAGGAGAGGGCACGCCGGUCACCGAGCCAGACGUGGAGAAGAGGGACAUUGUGAAGGCGGCGGCAGCAAGUAGUGGUUUUGCGCAUCUUAUACCGCCCACGCCGGAGACCUGGACGAUAUCGUUACCGCACCGUACGCAAGUCGUAUACACGCCCGACUACAGCUAUAUCCUGCAGAGACUGCGCGCAAGGCCAGGCGACCAUAUCAUCGAGGCCGGUGCAGGAAGUGGAAGCUUUACGCACGCAGCGAUACGAGCUGUCUACAAUGGCUACCCCGGGACACAAAAUACUGAGACUGAGACUGAAACGAAUGGGGAUGAAGAGAAUGCAGUAGGCAUGUCCAAGAAGAGGAAGCGCAAGACAAGGACUGGUGGCGUAUACAGCUUCGAAUACCACGAACCGCGCGCCGACCAAUUGAAGGUUGAGAUCAAGGAUCAUGGCCUAGAUCCAUUGGUCACAGUAACACAUCGCGACGUAUACAAUGACGGUUUCAAUCUGGACGAUGCGGCAGGCCCAGAUGCCGAUUGCGUAUUCCUUGAUCUGCCAGCACCAUGGCACGCUCUCAAACACCUUACGCGAUCGCCUCCUUCUUCUACAGCACUGAAGUCUGUCGCCUCAGACCCAUCCACACCAGCUCCCUCGGACGACCCCACGUUUCCCACUCCCGAGGCGCAACCGACGACCGCAUCUUCCUCCAAACCCUUCCGCAGUCCGCUGAACCCACGCAACGCCGUCCGCAUCUGCACAUUCUCCCCCUGCAUUGAGCAAGUCACAAAAACUGUCUCUGCCCUACGCACCCUCGGUUGGGUGGAAAUAGAUAUGGUGGAGAUACAGGCUAAGCGCCUCGACGUACGUCGGGAGCGCGUAGGUCUACAAGAAGAAGGAGUCCGUGGCGGACACGCACAUCCCGCGAACGUCCAGGAAGCGGUACAAAGGUUGAGAGAUGUAGAAGGUCGUGCGGCAGUGUUCCAUAGCAUGCAGCGCGAGAAGCAGGAAGAAGUUAUGCGGAAGGCGGAGGCGCGGAAACGGGGUGAGGCUGUGGGCGAGGGUAAUGAGGUGGGUAAGGGCAAGAAAAAGAAGAUGGAGGGUGUACCACCGAGUAAACAUGAUAGGCUUGCACAGACAAAGAAGGAGCUGGAAAGCCGGACACUCUUCAAGGAGGGUAGGCUGGUGCAUAGGACGGAGCCGGAGCUGAAGACGCAUACUUCAUACCUUGUCUUUGCCGUGUUACCACGAGAGUGGACCAAAGAAGACGAAGAGAAGGCGAAGAGAAAGUGGGGUUGA